CCCAAACCCAGACAAUAAAAAUGGCGACUUUUUCUCUCCUCCGCUUCUCCCCUCUUUCCCCUCUCCAAACCCUACCAAAAUCUCGCCCCCUCCUCCCAUCUCCCACCGUCCAUAUCCCCCUCCGCCUCAAAUCGACGGCCGCGAUCCGCUCCGUCCCGAGAUCGAACACCAUCUCGGCGUCGUACCGACCGGCAGUCCCGGCGUCGGACCGACUCCUCGCCGCCCUGGCCUACUCCCUCCCUUUCCUCAACUCCCUCCACUACGCCCGAUUCCUCUUCGCCCGCUUCCCGGUCGCCGCCGCCGCCGCUGCCCCGCUGUUCCCCCUCGUCGCCGCCUACCGCGCCCUCCCCUACGCCAGCUUCGUCGCCUUCUUCGCCCUCUACCUCGGCGUCGUCCGCAACCCGGCCUUCGACCGCUUCGUCCGGUUCAACUCCAUGCAGGCCGUCGUCCUCGACGUCCUCCUCGCGCUGCCGGUGCUCGUCCAGCGGGUCGUCGGUGUGCCGUCGAGGGGCCUCGGCUUCCGCCUCCUCGAGCUCGGCUACGACGCCAUCUUCAUCUUCUCCGCUGCCUGCUUCUUUUACAGUCUCGCGAAUUGCAUCCUGGGGAGGACGCCGUAUCUGCCGCUCGUCGCCGCGGCGGCCGACCGGCAGCUUUGAGAUCUCCAUUAGAAGCAUGAUUUCUUUCUCUCUCUCUCUCUCUCUCUGUGUAAUCUUAGAAUGAAUCGAUGUCGUAGCAACACAAGGUCUUCUUGGAUCAGGAUUUUUUGGAAGUGAUUUCAGUUUAAAUCUUGUGGA